AACAGUUUGGCGCCUCAGUGUUUUUCUGUCGCUCACGUGACUCGUUGAAAGCAUCACGCGCACAGAGACGGGUUGGUCUGAGAGCUUGGCGCAUGCGCAUCGGGGACCCAUCACCGCCAUAUAACGUUACGUCUAACAUACAGACUGUAGAAAUGGUUCGUUUCAUGAUCGUGUGGUUCUGCUGGACUCUCAGUAUCGGUUCUGUCUCUGCUGAAGACGUCACAGGUUAUUCUGGACAGAACGUCACUCUGAACUGUACAACAACAACUACUGGGAACAAACCUGUAGCUGUGGAGUGGAGCAGAACCGAUCUGGAGGAGGAAUUUGUUCUUCUGUUUAGAAACGAUCAGAUUGAUCCAUCUAUCCAGCACCGAUCUUACAAGAACCGAGUGGAUCUGGCAGACAGACAGAUGAAGGAUGGAAACGUGUCUCUGGUUGUGAUGAACGUGACGACCAGCGAUAAUGGAACAUAUGAAUGUCGAGUUCAAAAUCAAGGAAGCCUGGAUGCUGAACUGAUCAGAACCAUCAACCUGCAUGUUUCCCUUCAUCCUCCUCCAGAUCAGAACAACUCUUCAGUCAAAGCUGAACCUGGACAGAACGCCUUUCUGCCAUGUAAAGCUUCUGAUCCGGAGGGGAUCCAAGUCAUAGAGUGGAGGAGAACCGACCUGGCAUCAGAUUUUGUCCUGCUGUACAAAGAUGGGAAGAUCGAUCCGAUUGCCCAGCUUCAGUCUUACAAGGACCGGAUGGACCUGCUGGUUAAUCAGAUCCAGAAAAGAGACGCGUCUUUGGUUCUGCAGAACACAACGAUUGCUGACAGUGGAACAUAUGAGUGUCGAGUCAUACAAGGAAACCGUGAGAGGAAACUGAUCAGCACCGUCAGCCUGGUUGUAGCUCCUCGUCCUGCAGAACCGUUUCCAGUCUGGGUCAUAGUUCUACUGGUUCUACUGGUUCUACUGGGUCUGGCUGCUGCUGCACUUUAUUUCUUGUUCCAUUGGAGUCCAGUCCAACAGGUGGAGGUGGAAUCAGGGGAGAAGUUUGUCCUGCUGCCCUUGAAAGUCCCACGCUGCCUCUGGGUCUGUAAAUACAGACGGUCUGUGGAUAAAGUGGAGUGGAAGGACGAAGACGACAAGACGGUCCAUGUGUAUCAGAACGGUUCUGAUCAGCCUGGAGAACAGAACCAGAUCUACAAAGACAGAACCAAGAUGGAUGAAAACCUGCUGGAGACUAAAGACCUCAGUCUGACUCUUGAAUGGCCCAGAUAUGGAGACAGUAAGAUCUUCACCUGCAGCGUUUAUAACAGGAAUGGAGACAAACUGAUGAAGAAAGACGUCUGGCUAAAGGUCAAAGUCCCAAAGGUGGAGGUGAAAUCAGGGAAGGAGUCUGUCCUGCUGCCCUGGAGAAUCACAGAGAGGCUGGAUGGAGGCGUUAAGGUGGAGUGGAAGGACGAAGACAACAGGACGGUCCAUGUGUAUCAGAACGGUUCUGAUCAGCCUGGAGAACAGAACCAGAUCUACAGAACCAGAACCAAGAUGGAUGAAAACCUGCUGAAGAAUAAAAACCUCAGUCUGACUCUGAAACGACCCAAAGAGAGAGACAGAGGGUUUUACACCUGCAGCGUUUAUAACAGAGACGGAGACAUGCUGAUGGAGAAACGAGUUCUGCUCUGGGUCAAAGGUCAGUAG